AUUCCCGCCAUUCUUUCUUUGCACUUCAACUCGAGUGAGAGAAACCCUAGAGAGAGAAACAGAGAGAGCAAUGGAAGAGGAAAUCAAGUCCGAAUUCAAAAGAAGCGGUUUCGGCCUCGAAGACGAACAAGAGAUUCUAAGCAAAUGUGUCACUUUCUGCAUCAACUACAGUCUCACUCCUUCUGAUCUCGUUUCAAGCUGGGAAGUUUAUUACCUCAAUAGACAGCUGAACGAACCAGUAGUACAAAAUGCUGAAAUUGAUGGCUUUCUGUUGCAUCUACAAAAUGAGAAGAAAGAGGAUGUUAUAAAGGAGAAGGAGGAAGCUGGCUUGCAUAUUUACUCUAUCGGAGACGUAGAAAUGAUCUUAAAUAAUGAUGAUGAUACAAAGGACAAUACUCCCGGAACUCCAAUAAAUCAUCAUCAAGAUCCUUUAUCUCCUGCACCUGAUACACCAUCUUUAAUGUAUGAGAAUGUUUUAUCUUCUGGAAAACCAUCAAAAUCAAAACUAGUAACACCCUUUUCAAAAAGAACAGAUAAGUUUGCAGUGAAAUUUAGCAUCAACACUGUCCCUAAUGUAGAGAAUGAUGAAAAUGAAGAUGAUGUUGUUAGAAGAGUUCCACUCUUUGAAAGGAGUUCAUUGUCCAUUCACGGAUCAGGACCCAAACCAGGUUGCAGAUUCUUGUAUGAUAGAACAGAGGAUAGGCUUAAUGCAAUAGAAAACCGACUUAGGAAACAUACAAGGGCAUUUGUAGCUUCUGGGCUCCAUGAAGAACCAACAGACCCUACAACUGCUUCACAGAGAAGCAUUUUUGCUGUUGGCAUGAUUUGUUGUGAUGGAGAAGGCCGUUUAAAUGAGAAGUCUGUCAUGCUGCAGAGCAGUAUUGAGCAUUCUGGAGGAGAAUGUGUUCGCCUAGACUUGCAACGGUUAAGCCAUUAUUCAAUUUUUCCUGGCCAGAUAGUUGGUAUUGGAGGGCAUAAUCCCAGUGGGCAUUGCUUCGUUGCAACUAAAUUGGUGGAUUCUAUACCUACCUCCGUUGCUGAUGAGGAUUCAAAUCCUGCAAAGAAGCAAGCUGUUGAUAAGGAGAAUCAGCCAACUGAUCUGCUUUGUAAACAAAGAAAGUUAUCAAUGAUUAUUGCUGCUGGCCCCUUUACUACAACAGACAAUUUGUUGUUUGAGCCUCUUAUAGAACUGCUGAAACAUGCAAAACUAAGACCACCACAGUUGCUUGUAUUGCUGGGACCAUUUGUUGACUCUGAGCACCCAGACAUUAAGAAAGGAACUGUAGACACUAGUUUUGAUGAAAUAUUUGAGGAAAUCCUGAAGAAGUUGGAAGAAUAUGUAGAUUCAGCUACACGUGUCCUUCUUGUUCCAUCUAUACGUGAUGCUAACCAUGAUUUUGUUUUUCCUCAACCUGCAUUCGACAUCAAAUCUCAGAUAGUCAGUCUCAGUAAUCCCGGAAUCUUUGAGGCAAAUAAGGUUAAGGUUGGCUGCUGCACCGUGGAUAUUCUCAAGCAAAUCAGUGGGGAGGAGAUAUCACGAACUGCUGCAGAUGGAAAACCCAUUGAUCGCUUGAGUAGACUUGCAAACCAUAUUCUUAACCAACAAAGCUUCUAUCCACUUUACACACCAGCAGAAAGUGUUCCCUUGGACUUUUCGCUUGCUCCAGAAGCCCUUCAACUCUCGUUUGUUCCAGACAUACUUAUCCUACCUUCCGACAUCAAGUACUUUGUCAAGGUGCUUAGUAGCGAAAAUGAAGGGAUAAACCACACGAAAUGCAUAGCUAUCAAUCCGGGAAGACUAGCUAAGGGAGAAGGAGGGGGAACUUUUGUUGAGCUUGAUUACUGUGGGGCUUCCGACCAAAUUAACGCUUCAAUUGUUGGCAUAUGAAAAUUGGAGAUGCGUUUUUGUUAAGGUAACCACUUAAUUUAGCUAUAGUCGCCGAGGCACAGAAACUGCUUAUGACUCGUGCACCUUUGUAUUAUAUAGUUUGUAAUCUGCGUAAUAUUUAAGUUAAACGAAAACUGUAAAGUUAAUUCCUACAAAAAACCACACAGGCCGGACCAGCCAUUUAAUUGACGAAGACAUUAGUUACAGUUUAUUUACUAGGGAGAUUUUUGCUGAUUUUUCUUGAGCUUAAUCAAAUUAGGCAUAUCUUUACUAA